CAUCUUAUCUCCCCAGUCUUCUAUUACGACCACAAAAGGAGAAACCUCUUUUAUUUCUAGCAAAAGCAAGCUGCCCUCUGGUAAGUGAAUCACUUAGCUCCAAUUGAAUCUUGCAGCUCCAAUAUCCUCAAAUUCAUCAACACCUUCAUUUAAUGGUGAUCUGGGUAUGAAGCCGAGAGUAUCCUCGUGACCACGAAAGUCCAUUUUGUGUAGUCUUUUAUCCUAUUGUUCCAGAGCUGAAAUCAUAGCUGGGAAUCCCUUGAUUUUUAGCAAAUCCCGCUUUAGUAGAGUUGUUUGGAAGCUGGGUAUCCCUUGAUUGCAGGACUUGGUUGUCCAAACAAUGGCUUCGAAAGGGACCGGAGAAGACAAUUAUGAAGGCAAACAAAAAGUAUCACCAAACGCUCAUUUGCAUUUGCGGAAGCACUAAGUCAAGCCACUGAAAAGAAUGCCUCGGCCUUCAUGAAUAGAAUAACACAACGAGUCCCGAAUGAAGGUGGGGUGGGGUACGUCAACUUGGCCCAAGUUUCCAGAGUGAUUACCUGCUGAUGUGGAAAAAGUUUUGAGCCAGCAUGAAGUAGAUGAUUCUAGCUAUUUCAGUGAAGGAAAAGCAUGGGGAGCAUGGGGAACAAAACCAAGAAAAUGGCCUGGUGAAACAGCCAACUGGAUUCCGUGGGUAGAACGAGUCGAGAAGUGAUUUGGGGAGAUAUGGAAACGACUUGGGAUCUAUGACGCCAUCAAGCUGUCCACCAUUACUAUUUCUUGUGACCGCUCCUUGCUGGCUGCCGCUAUGUGUUUUUGGAGUUCUCAAACAAACUCUCUGGAGCUUUAGUUUGGUGCACUUAGUCCGACCUUGAUUGAUAUAGCGGCCAUUAUGGGCUUGCCGCCACAUGGGCAAGUGGUGGACAUUGUAUUUGCAGAAGGAAAGUGUGACAUUGAUCUGGGUUGCGAGCUAAGAGAUCGAACUAAAGGUAGACCAGCCGUUGCUAAUUUUAGUACAUGGAUUGAGGUGUUUAACAACGGUUUGGGAAAUAAGUCACUUGAUAGUAUUGGCAGUCCGGAAGAGAAAGGGGAAAGCCAGCAGGAGACAAUGGAAGUAACUCAUGUAGAGCAUGCUGCAUUUCUUGCCUUUUGGAUAUGUAAGUUCUUAGUGUGCACAACUUCUAAAAAAGUGAAUGUGGAGUACUACAAGUUGGCUGAAGCAUUAGCAAGUAAAGAAGUACAAGAGAGCGAUCAACCAUUAGCUCUUGGUCCAUUUGUGCUUGCCCACUUAUACAGAUGUCUUCACCACUAUGUGACCGAAGGACUGAAUCCAAAUUGGUCUGGGCCAUUGUGGAUUUUUCAGUUGUGGCUGCACACUUACUUUCCCUCUUUCAGACAGCCGGGUUUGGCAUUGGCCGUAGACACCACUCUUGGACAACAAUUAGCUCCUCUUGAUUUACUUCCUCAUUCAGUAGAAGAGUGUUUUGAGGUGUUGUUCAAGUGUCUAGAGUUUUCUGCAGAACAAUUUGCCGUUUGUUUCAGUAGGAAGUAUCCACCCUACCUUGCAAUGGAUAUCAGCCAACACGCUUCAGAAAGUGAGACGAGAUGGGAGACUGCGUGUUCAGCUUGGAAGAGUGCAAUAGGUAUAAGGGAUCUCUUCUGGGGUGCCUUGUUUGGUAAAACACUCAAGUGUGGAGUGGAGUUAUAUUCACCAUCCUAUUUCAGUCGUCAGUUGGGAUAUUAUCAAGCUAUACCGGCUCCGGUGCCAGAAUCGUCAAACCGAUAUAGGUCAUUGCGAGCCGUUUUCUGCAACAAGGACGACAUUGAGCAGAAUAACAAGGCGUUUGUGUACAACAUGAGCUUUCCCAUGAAGACAAGAGUAGCAACUAGCAAGAGUUCCUCCCAGUUCAGAGAGUGGUGGACGAAACGAGUAGGUAGCCGCUUUAAAGAUGGGUUGGUGUCGGCUAGGCGAUCGGCUUUUGCAGGAAAUCCGUGGGCACAAGAGAAGCCGAAAGCUGUAAGGCGUGGUAAAAUAACAAGCAAAGUUGCUAAAGCAAUCCCAACUAUAAGUGGCCAAGAGUCUUUGAAGAAGUGUGCUAAAGGGAGCACAAAGAGAAAGGCCACCCAUAGUGCGGCCACUGAGGCGGCCAAAGAUGGUGCCACCAUGUCUUCAACGUCUCAAUCUCCUCCAGCGAAACAAUCGGUAAAACAAGACGAGCAAUCCUCUAAGAGUGAAGAACAAUUAUGCGUGGCCAAACGAAGUUGCCUAGAGACAUUCAAGAAGGCCAACGUCCAAAAUGCCAUUCCUAGUGAAACAGAGGAAUCCGUGGAACUGACCAUUGAUAAAGAUGGCCAACCAAGUAGUGACGAACCGGUGGGGGAGAUAAUUUCUCCUGAAAGAAUGACCGAAAGCGAAGUUAUGGCAAUGAAUAUGGAGGAGACACUUGUGCUCGCCAAACUUCACCGCAAGCCAGUAUUCCCUCCUCGUCGCUUAGUGAGCAACACCUGGUGUUGGCUAACGAACUAGAAGGUAAUCAAGGGUUUGAAGCAGAACUUCAGGCUUUUAUGAGGGCAUUUUCGGCUGAUGCUCUAAUCCAACCAGAAUGUUGCUCGGCCAUUUUGCAGUUACCAACCCCGCAAUUGACAUCAAGGGAGGAAGUUGAUGG